CGUUUUCCUUACGGUAACGUCACGGUAUACUACAAAGUUAGCGACACACUUGGCAGCACAAGCAUGAAAAAGGUAACCACCAUCAACAGUCAGAUGCCUUCAAAACAAGAGUAUGACGAGUUCAUGGACGGUCCCUUCACCAACGCCGUGAAGCUGAAGCAGACACUAAAAGUGGCGAACAUAAUGCAGGUAGCGGAAUCCAUCCGCAAGCGCGCUCCGUGGAACGCUCCUGGCUACGUCGAGGAAGGCGUGGAUCCCACGGACACUGCCGCGGCCGUGUCGGCACAGAACGCCAAAGCUGUCAACGGCAUUAGCAACAUAGCGAUGACCACCCCGGCAGCGCUGGAGAUGGUUGCCAGCUCGAUGGACUCGAUAAUCAGCUCUACCUACGGCUCGCCGGAGAGCUCUCUGAACCUGGACUCGGACACAUCCUCGGCCUCAAUCCGAGUGGUUGGCGACAUGCUGAACGGCGCGGAGGACGCCGAUCUGUCUACUCCGGAGGAUAUGACCGUUUCGUUCACGACCGUCAACAAUGUCAUCGGAGCGAACAUCGGAGCCUCCGCCCUCAUCGCCGAGGACACCGAGUGCAAAGCAGUGCCCCCUGCUGACUUAAAGAAGUCACCGAAAAUGGAAUAUGACCCUCGCAUCACCGAUUACUCUAAGCCCGUGGACAAUACGGAUAUCUUGAAGCAGCAGGCGUGCAAUGUCCGCGAUCAUUCCAUGGGAGCAUCUGAGGAAAAUGCCAAGAAGUUUGACGGAAUGGGGGAGAAAAUGAAGUUCCUUGCACUUCAAAAGAUGGUUCUGGGUGAAACGCAGGAAAUCAGAUCAGCCAGUGGCGUUGUCAUGAAGAACCAGAUUAUGAAAAAUAUGACAGCUGCUGUGCUGGGUAUUGGCGACAGUGGAAGCAACGUACAAACUGGGGAAAAUUUCUGUCCGACAGGCAACUGCGACGACCCAGUCGGUACCAGCAUGGCCGAGUACCCAAAGAACACAAAGUCCGGUGCAGCGGGAGCGGAUGCACUUGGCAAGGACACGAAGGUGGUCUCAAUGGAGGUUACAUUAGGAGACGGCUCAGAAAAUGUGGCGGUCGCAAAUCUCUCAGAACCACUAGUAAUCACCAUCAAGAAGCCAGCCAUGAACAUGUCAAGUGAGCCAAACUGCACGAACUGCAAUCCCGGACCGUCAGGUAUCGAUCCGUCUGUGGCUCUGAAAGGAAAGAUCGUGCCCCUAAUCUACUCCCAAUUCAACAUACCGAGACCUGACAGCACUUUCAAUGUAGAAAUGUACCUGCCCACUACCGAACCUCACCGUCUGUUUGUUAUGGUCAGCAUUGGCAAGCAGCCGACCUUGAAGAACCACGACCUGUUCAAAAUGGUAGAAGAUUUCCCCAAGAUCACCGAAGCUCCUUCUGAAGUUGAUGCUGUUACCAAGUACGAUUGGUUCGUGGGUGUAGAACAUGUCAACAACCGCACUGGGAGAGUUUUUGUUGCUGUCGGCGAACUGAAGGAGGAACUAGAUCUGGAAGCCAUCAAACAAAAGCUUGAUACCAACGAAACGAUCGAUGAUGUCCGCUCCAAAGACCUGCUGGUCAAGAACUUUAGCACACCAUAUCUGAUACGGACAUUCACAUCCGGUUGCUUCUACUUUGAUAACGAUCUGAACAGAUGGACGUCGUAUGGUUUGACAUGUGUGGGUGCAGACGCAGAGACGAUAUCAUGUGCGACCACUCACUUGUCCACUUUCGCUUCGGGACUUGUUGUUGAGCCUAACACGAUCGACUUUGCCUACGUCUUUGCAAACGCCUCGUUCACUGACAACCUGACGAUCUAUAUGACCAUGAUUGUAUCUCUGGGUCUCUAUUUGAUAUUGGUGAUCUGGUCCCGGUAUCAGGACAAGAAGGACGUCGAGAAGGUUGGUGCCAGGCCAAUGCCAGACAAUGUUGAAAGUGACAAAUACCUCUAUGAAGUCAUGGUAUACACCGGCCACAAGAGUGAUGCAGCCACCGACUCCGUGGUGUCUAUGGUGCUAGUAGGCGACAAAGACGAGACAUGUCCCCGCACCUUUGGAAAACCAAAGAGAAAGUUCUUCCGCAAGGGAGGACAGGAUGCUUUCGUGAUGGCCUGCCCGCGGCCUCUGGGGGAUCUGCUGCAUCUUCGUGUGUGGCACGAUAAUUCAGGAGUAGGUCGGUACAGUUCCUGGUAUCUGCAGUACAUCCAUAUCCGCGACGUACAAACUGGGAAACACUACGACUUUGUUGCCGACCGAUGGCUUGCGGUUGAAGAAAACGACGGAAAAAUCGAUGCACUUAUCCCUGUCGCCGGAAAGGAGCAGCUGGGACAGUUCUCGCAUGUCUUCUCGCACACAUCGCAACAGAACCUGUCUGACGGUCACCUAUGGUUCUCCGUGUUCCUGCGACCACCACGAUCUCGCUUCACGCGUGUCCAGCGAGUCUCAAGCUGCUUCGCGCUCCUGUUCCUGUCGAUGAUGGUGAACGCCAUGUGGUACGGAGUUGUACCCUCUACACCAAGCUCUGGCGCUCUCAACUUCGGCCCGAUGUCGCUGUCAAUCGAACAGAUCUCAGUCGGCGUCAUGUCCAACCUCAUCAUAUUCCCACCUUCGUUCUUGAUUGUGUUCCUGUUCAAGAAAUCACGGGCAAGGAAGCUCAGAAAAUCCCGUAUUGAUGAGGCCCUGGAAAAACAGAAGUUCGGGAACCAGGUUGCCAAGUCAGAACGUCCCGCUUCGGUGGCCAGUCACGGCGAGAAGAGUGAUGAGGGCAAUGACAAGAAGAAAAAGAAGAAGAAGAAGCCCCUGCUUCUCCCGUGGUGGUGCCGUAUCAUAGCUUGGAUAUUAUGCAUUAUUUGCUUGUUCGGGUCUGCCUUCAUCGUCUGGGCAUACGGCGUGCAGUUUGGGAACGAGAAGACAACCAAGUGGCUCACCUCUCUGCUGACAUCAUUUUUCUCUUCGAUCCUCCUCAUCCAGCCAAUCAAGGUGUUCCUGAUUGCAAUGGUUGUUUCAUCGAUCUUCAAGUCAGUCGACCUGGAAAGCGACGAUGCCGACGAGGAUGAGCGUCAACCGACUUUGGCUGCAGACGAGGAAUGGAUUCACAGCAAGCCGAAGAAAAGGAGGUCCAAGUACAAUGGCGCCCCAGAUAUAUAUGACCAAGAAACACUCGGUAAAAUGAGAAGGAAUAGGCUCGAUGAAGUUCAGAUGUGGCGCAUCAUUAGGGAAAUCGUAAGCUACGGAUUCUUCUUGUACAUCUUGAUCAUUUUGAGUUUCGACAAUCGAGAUCCUAACUCUUUCUAUCUGAGGGCGAAUCUUGAAGCAGCCUUCAUAAAAGAGGGAGACCUGACUAAUGGGAAACCCGACCUUGAUUUCACGAGAGUUCAUGACGCUGGGACCUUCUGGACGUGGGCGCAAAACGUGGUAAUGCAGGAACUUCGUGCUCAAAACUGGUAUGACUUUGUCUCACCACCAUACGGCCUGAAGGGUUUCCUGGACGAUCGAGUCAAUCGCAUCAUGGGUUAUGGUAUGAUACGGCAGAUCCGCUCGAAGCCAAACACCUGCCGUAUACACGGGAAAUUUGCUGAUUCGUUUGAGAAUUGCGCUGGCCUAAGCGGUCUGUUUGACGAAGAGAAUAGACACUUCUGCACCAAUUGGACACUCACUGGUUCCAGAAAAGACUGCAACCGUAAUGAGUAUCGCUACAUGACGGCUACGGACCUUGAUGGCCUUCCUUACAUCGGCUCUUUGGAUGUAUACGGAGGCGGUGGUUACGUCUAUCCACUAACAGGACGAAUGGGGACCAUCGCGAAGAAGAUGCAACAGCUGCGCGAAGAGGCUUGGAUUGAUCACAUGACUCGAGCCGUUAUGGUCGAGUUUUCAGUCUACAACAGUCAGGUGAACCUGUUCGGCAUCGCCACCAUCUUUGCGGAGGCUGUGCCCGGCGGUGGAUUCCUACCAGGCUGGCGCUUCGACGGCGUGCGGCUGAUACGGCAUCAUGCUGGGUUCCAGACGUUCGUGUUCAUCUGUGAGAUCACGUACAUGUUUUUCAUUAUCUACUUCAUGGUUCGAGAGAUACGGGACAUGAUCAAGCAGAAGAAGGAUUACUUCAAAAGCUACUGGGUCUAUUCCGAGAUUGCCAUCAUACUGCUUUCCUGGGCCGCUUUUAUCGUUUACAUCUUACGAUACAUCGAAACUGACGCAGUUUUGAAGAUUUUCAAGGACACAUACGGCAACGGAUACGUGAAGAUGCAGUACGCUCAGACCCUGGAUGACGUUUUCGGCUACCUGCUGGGCAUGCUAGUGUUUAUUGCCACAAUUAAGUUCAGCAAGCUCCUGCGCUUCAACAGACGCAUAGGAAUGUUGUCUGCGACUCUAAAACAAUGCUGGGGCGAUCUGACUGGAUUCUUCUUGAUCUUCUUCAUCGCACUGGGAACCUUUGCAAUGGUGUUCCAUCUGCUGCUGCUCACGCACAUGGACGACUUCAAGAACAUAAUGUCCGCCACCGAGUCGGAGUUUGCAAUGAUGCUGAACAAGUUCGACUUUGAAAGCAUGCGUGCCGCCAGUCUGCUGGCCGUUGUGCUGUUCCUCAUGUUCGCCAUCACCAUGUCCAUCUUCUUCGUGAACGUCCUGCUGACGAUCAUCAUCCGCGCGUUCCAGCAGGUCAAGGACGACGUGCUCAAUCAGCCCAACGACUUUGAGAUCCUCGAGUUUGUCCAGAUGCGUAUGUUCCGCUUCAUCGGGCUCGGCCAGCAUCGUGUCCAGCCGCUGAGAGAGCACGUGAAACAGUUCCAGGAGGAGCAGCAACGCAAGGACAAACAGCAGAAACAGAUUGACCAGCUGCCCAGCAAGAUGGACCAGUUCCUCAGCCAGGUCAACGACAUGUACUUUGACGGUCAGCUAGAUCUGAACAACAAGGAGUUCCUGAAGAAGACACUGGCAUCCAAGAAGAACAAAUAAGUUAGGCACACGAACGUAAUGUAUCCCAAUAACAGUAGCGGAUCAUUACUUCGCGUCGAAAAAGUCAUGGUAGCGAAGUCGUUUGUUGCAGCGAACUGAACGACAGACGGCCUGGUAUGACCCCCUGAUGACACUUGCUCUCCUAAUGGACCAGAGCUGGAAUCUAUAGAUGGCAGGAUAAGUUCUGCCAUCACGUGUGCAAGUUUAUUUGAAGUGUGCCUUUUCUUCUAUUUUCGCUGACAGCAAGAGAACGUAUCUGUUGAGUUCACCAGUACAGUCUGUUGUAAUUGAAUCAGGUAGUCGUAUCAGUGAGAAUGCAACUCUGACGUCAGGCAACCAAGUACCCGAUUGUAGUGCAGACUGCAGACUGCAGCUAUGUACCACACACAGAAAAAUAUUGACACCGUUAGCGGUGUAAUUGCACAGUA